CGCUCCCCACUCGCGCAGACUGAACUGAACUGCUUUGAUGCAGGAGGAGGGACGUAUCGUGAGCUACGUGCAGAGUUCAUAUAUUUACCACCGAAAAUCUCAAUCGACAAUCUCAUGCAGACGCACACCAGGAGCACACACAACUCGCUGCGAUUUCAAGACACCCGAUGCGCGUUCGCGGAUUCAAUCUAAUUUGUUUCACGAGCAUCUACGGAGUUUACGGUCGGCGAUGCUUUGCGUUUAGAUGAACGUUUAUAGAUUUGUUUACUAGCGCCCCAAAGGGGUUUACGCGGGUAAAGGAGACGUGAUUGAUAUAACUGUUAUUUGUAACCGGUUGUCAGUGAAAGGUGCAUUGUAAUCCGGAUUUAAUCUGAAUUUGGGCGCUUUUCAUCUGUUCGGGUUUGUGAUCGAGCAGGAGUGACGGACGAGCGGCUGGCUCCUGAAUUCUGAAUCCUGUCUAACAUCCACAGAGAUGCUAUAUCUGCCAGUGUUAUCCAUGACCUCAGAUUUACAGCAUUAUAGUUUCAGGAUGCCGAAUAUAGGGUUCCAGAACCUUCCUCUGAACAUCUACAUUGUCGUCUUUGGGACCGCCAUUUUCGUCUUCAUCCUUAGCCUCCUCUUCUGCUGCUAUCUCAUUCGGUUACGGCACCAGGCGCACAAAGAGCUCUAUGCAUACAAGCAGGUUAUUCAAAAGGAAAAAGUCAAAGAAUUAAAUUUACAUGAGAUUUGUGCGGUGUGUUUGGAAGAGUUCAAGCAGAAGGACGAGCUGGGCAUCUGCCCGUGUAAACAUGCUUUCCACAGAAAGUGCCUUAUUAAAUGGCUGGAGGUGAGGAAGGUAUGCCCGCUGUGCAACAUGCCCGUCUUGCAGCUGGCCCAGCAACACAGCGUGUCCGAUCCCGUGCCGCCGUCGCAGCAGCCUCUGCCCGGAGUGGAGAACCCAGUGUAGCCCCUCCUACUUCUCCUGUGACCGCCUUCACACUCCCUUCUGUACAGGUACAAGCUCACCAAGGACAGACUGCAGGAUUUGUCCCCAGAGCCACGGAGACCUUUGACCUGCGUGCGUUCGUGCUCUGCCUUGGUGGCUUCACAAAGGACUCUCUCAAAAUACGGCAGUAGUUGAGUUACACAUCUUAUAUUUGGGUUUGGCUCUUUUUCCUGUGAUAUAAUGAAGAAGAAUCGAGAUUACAUGGCCAAGCCGUGUUUAUAAUAACCGGUCCACACCAAAGCACUUUUUUGAGGACACCAUUAAGAGGAAAAAAAUAACACGUUUUUUAACACGCACUUUAAACAAACUCUAACCUAGUUGCUUGUGAUAGUAGCAAGAUUUUAUUUUAUAUUUCAUUUCUGAAUUUUUUGUUUAUGUACAGAGCCACAGAGCAAAGCAUUGGUUUUCUUUUGAUUAGGGAGGGUAACGUUUAUACUGUAUAUUUAAGGGACAGCAGCUCUCCAUUGUGUAUAUGUUUGUCUGUGUGAGUGUUUGUGUAUUGACAGUCUGUAGAAAGCAGCUUAGUACCAGCUCAUGAACAAAACGGAUCUCAAAAAAUAGCCAAUUAUUAUCUGUUUGUAAAUGUUGCUUUUGAACACUGAUCUUGGACUGUUUGUCUUAUUGUGAUUAUUAUUAUGAAAUUGUUAAUUUGACUGGAAAAAAGUCUGCAGGGCUGUAUCGGUAGAUACGGAUCACUGUGACUUUUAGCUGGUGGCCAAAAAACAUGAGUAGAGAAUUUGUGACCCAUCAGUAUUUCAUCUUUGUGUGUGACCUGCUUUAAAAUUGAGCUGUGUUAAAUACACACAACCAUACACAUUUGGUAAGUUUAUUUCAUUAGGAUACUACCUAUAUAAGACUGAAUUAGCCUGAUAAACAUCAUCAUUCCAAAACCUUAUUAGAUAUGCUAAAUAAUUUACCACCCAAAUCAGUAUGGAAUAUUUAAUGUAACAGGCAUUGAUGGUAUUGUUAAUAAAUACAGUAUGGUUCAAAUGUUUAGGGUCACUUACCCAUUCAUUCUUAUAAUUCUCCUUGACUAGAAUUUGUAAAAAUGUUCACUUGGCAUUUUAUGAACCAGCUUCUUAAGGUGCAUUUAAAACAGCAUAGGAGUUCCCAUCUAUACCGGACUUUUAUUGACUGGUUUCUUUAUUAUUCUGUUAGUAAGGUUGAAUAAAACCAUUAAAACAAUUCUAUUUACUGAAAUCAAAUAAAAUAUUUGCCUAUGUAUUUUUUAAAAAGAAACAAAAAUGAUUAAUAUUGCCUAGGAAUCAACAGAAAUAAGCUGAGGCAGUAAUGUUGUUAUCUGAAAAUAAAUAAAAGCUAAACUACAUAAUAAAAUGACAAAAACACAUAACAAAAUUGCUAAAAAGUCAACUUAAAAUUAUAUUAGAAAAAAAUAUCAAAAUAAAAGCCAAUUCAAAAUAUUGACAAUAAAGCUUCUGUAAUACUGAAAUCUAAACUAUAAUAACUCUGAAUCAUCAAUUUUAAAAACAUUUUUCAGAUACAUUUUGUAAAUAAAAUAAUGUGUUUGCACAAUUAUAUUUUUUGUCUACAAAACUAAUUUAACAUUUCAGCAUACACCUUUAGAUUAAAAGAUUUGCGAAAUCACGAGAAACAUUUCAAUCAAGUGACCCUAAACUUUUGAAAUGAAGUGUCCGUUUAAAGCUGUCCCAAAAAUUCCAUCUCUGAGGUAACUAAACCUUUGCACCUUUUGUUUUGUUUUCACUAACUGUUCAGUUUAGUAGUUUCUGACUUGUAUUGCCCAUCCAGAAUCUUGUUUUUAGUUCAGUACUUUAGAUUCAGAGUACUGCAGGUGUGUUAUUGCAUUCAUGGAAAUAUUUGCAAAUAUUUCACAUUUGAACUGAACAAAAUAUCCCAAAGCAUUCAUGAAUUAAAAUAUAUAAUAGGUUAGAUGCUGCAGAGACUGUUAGUGUCUAGACAUUUGUUCUAUUGUUUUUCUGUUUAUAUCCAAAUCUCACUUUGUAUUGCAUGGAGAUUGAGUUCGCCCAUAGAACCGUCAUAAUGCAAAGCAGUAAACCGAUUGUGUAUACCUUUGUGUAUUUAUCCUGUCUCUCAUCAUCUAGAGCUGCAUAUCUUUCUAAUAAAUGGGAAAGUGUAGAAAGCCCCAGACGCCUCCAACAAAUAUUAAGAAAUGAAAUUUCUAGUAACGUCAAUCAAACUAGACGCGCUACAGAAACAACCUCAAAUCUGAUGUGAUGAUGUCAUAAGGACCGGUGAGUUCUCUUAUAAUAGAACCAGAUGACAUAGAGUCUAGUCUAGUAUCAUUCCAGCAUCUUUCAGAGUGAGCCACACUGAAUCAGUUUUUUCCACAUGGACACAAAGAGUCCUCAGCCAUUAUGAUCAAUGGCCAUCACCCCUCAUAGAGACAGCACUGGUCUACCGCAGGUCUCGGCUCACAGCCUGCGGGGUGGAUGCAGUCAGCAGAUCGGAGCUUUUCUUUAUUCUCUGUAAUAGAAUAGAAGCUCUGGCUCUUUCCCCACUCUUCAGUGCCGCAGUUUUUUGCGUGAGUGUCACGCUGGGUCUCUGUGCCCUCCAGGUUAAUGGCAGCCCUACUACACAUGGAGGUUCAGAUUGUGAAUUUUAGUUAAGCCUGUUUAAUGUGAGAUUGGUUUAUUUAUUUUUUUGCAUUUGCUACGUGUGUGAGGAAACUCUUUUAUUUCCUUAAGAGGAUGUUUUUUCAUUUUUGAUUGGUUGGCUCUGGUACAUUGUCAUACAUUGUCUUACCGAUGUGUAAAACACUGAUGGUUCCUUCGCGUAUGUAAUUCCUUAUCAGUGUUGGGUAAGUUACUCUGAAAAAGUAAUUAAUUACAGUUACUAAUUACAUAUUCAAUAGUGUAAUUAGAUUACUGUACAAAUUACUCUCUCCAAAAAGUAUUUAAUUACUUAUUACUAAUUACUUUCUAUAUCCUACAUCAACCUUGAUUAGUUAAGUGAUUGAAGGAUAGACAUGAAACGGCUUAUUUAAUUCAUUCAAAUAAAUAAUAUUAAACUUCAUAAAGUAGUAUUAUUAACUGACCAAAGUAUUACAGCUGUGAGAAUUAUACAUUAAAGCAAGGAUUUUAAAGUUAGACUUUGAAUUUUUAUGUCAAUUCCACUAUUGCACACACAUAUAUUACACAAAGUAUUUAGUUUAAUUACAUCAGAAGUAACUGUAAUUAAAUUACAUUAAAAAGAAGAGUAAUCCCUUACUUUACUUGUUCAAGGGGAAAAUAAUUAAAUUACAGUAACUAAUUACGUAGUAACUAGUUACACCCAACACUGUUCCUUAUCAAGUAUUGUUAAAUUCAGUCCUAAAUUAGAGUCAUUUUUUGGCUUUUUUAACACUGCGGGUCUUAAAUGUGUACUAUGGGUCACUCAGAUAUUGAAUGUAUGCAUAUAGAUAGCUGUGGUUUGUCAUUAUAAUGUAAAAGUAGUUGAUUGCGUCUAAGAUCGAGUUACGUCCGUUUUGGUGGUAUCGGUGCCUCGCCACACAGGCAGAAGUGGGAAGCGGUUUAAUUUAUUGUGUGCUAAAAUGUAAAGCUCUAACAUUUCAGUAGUUGUUUCUUACAGCCCUAAUUUGGGGAUAAUGGAGAUUAGGCAAAGGGAAUGUUUGCAUUGUUAAAACAUUCAAAUAAAGCCACAAUCUUACAUUUUACAGCAAUUUCCAGAAAACAGAAAAGGUUUCUAUGAGCAAAAUGAGUGUGUUCAUAAUCAACUAAGUAGGUAGUCUUAAAGCACGUUGGGAAUGUUAAGUGAUAGACUAGCGUAUAUCUUUACCGUGCAUAUGCCAAAUAAUGUUUUCUACUGAGCAUUGCUGAGAGUGCCAGUUAACGUGUUUUUAUUUUGAAAAGGUAAAAAUGAGAUUUGACUGCAAUUGUAGCCCUUUUUCAUGUUAUUGGUUUCCUGUUCAAACAGGCUGUUAGACCACACAAAGACAUGUUUUUAUUCAUAAAAAAAUGCUGUUCAGUAGGAUUGGCUCAAUUUUUGUUGUAGUGCACUGGUCAUUUUAAUAGAAUAUGAUUAAUGGCCACUAAUUUACCUUAACCUUUUAAAAAUUAUUUGAUACAUGGUUACUAUUAAAACUGCCAGUUUAUAAGUUGUAGAUGAUUCUUGUAAUUGUUAUUGAAAAUGAAAAAGUCAUUGAAAAGAUAAUUCCCCCACCUCAUCACCACUCUAUUGCCUCCUGCAGAGAUUACCUAAUGUGGCCCCACCCCCUCACCAUUCCCCCCACUGUGACCUCACACGUUUAAACAUGAUGAGCCACACCCCUUCUGAACACCACGGUUUUAACACUGCUAAUGUUUGUGUAUCUCACAAACAUGUUUGUAAAAGUAAGAAUUCUGCAACAGAAUAUUUUCUGUACAGUAUUUGUAAACUAUAUUUUUGUAUAUUUAAUCAACUUUUUGAAGAAAAUAAAAAUGCAAAGAUGCUUUUUUUUGCUAAUUUUGUGUUAUAUUCAUUAAAAUACGUUGCAUGUGACUGACUUGAAUUGUAAAUAAAGUUUC